UUUUGUUUCGUUCUAAAACUCCAUUAAGUUUAGGGGAUGUAGCACUAUUGAUGUAUUGUCAAGUUGAUAUUAUAUUUAUUUUGAAUGUUAUUAUACUUGGAGUUCUUCAUCAAGAAAAAUCUCAUACUAACUGUUAUUGUAAGCUGAGGCAACAAAAUUUUAAUUAAUGUAUAUAUACAUUCUUCGUGUCAACUACUGUGCCAAGACCCAAGACAUUUCCACAAUUUCUCUUAGCCUUAACAACAGUUUUUUUUUGUAAACUUCAGGAUCUUCCAUUUUACAGAUCUGUCCAUGUUUCUGAAGAGAACCUGCUCUUACUUGCCUGACGGGAAACUUCUUUGUCGUAUACCAUUUCUGAUUUUAAUGGAGUGCAAGUUAGAGAAAAGUUCUUCAAAUUAAUUGCCAAAUCAGAAGUCUUGAAUGUCAAUUAAAAAUAGAUUCUGCACGAAAAGAUAAGAGAUUUGAAUCAGAAGAGGAGUGAAUACUUCAAGUCAUGUCAAAUAUUUCUCAGUUAUGCAAAUUUAGAAAAACAAGUUCUCAGUUCUUUCUUAAUACACAGUAACACUAACAGAAAGUUCAAAAAAUGUGAUGUAAACAUCAGCCUCAGUUCUCAGGGAUUGCCUUAGAUACUAUAGAAUAAAUAUAGAACUAGAACAUUUAACUUUCUAAUAUACCAUUUAGAUUGUGCAUUGUUUCAAUGAAGACUAAGGUAUCAAGAGGAAUCAAUUACUUUUAAGUCAACUCCCUUGAAAUAAAAACAAGCUGUUAUGUUUCUUUGUGCUCAAUAUAACCAUAUCCAAAUCCAUAAACUCGACAAAUAAAGUGUGUUUUCAUGUUAAAGAAACUAAGAUUAUAACUCUUUUUAUGGCAACAUUGGGCAAUAGAAAGAAUGAAAAGCAAAGCAAACAUUACAAGAUGGUUAAAAGCAAGUUUCUUUUGUAAGCAUGGAGAAAACGCUGAAUAUCGUGAAAAGGAAGGGACUUUUAGGUCCUGAAAUAAAAACAAACUUUGAACCUAUUAUAGUAAUUAAACAAGAACCAAAUGAAAACCUCAUAAGUUUUUGUGAUGUAGGUGAUUUGGUGGAGAAUUCCAGUGAUUCAACAGAUUUUGUUUCUCAUGUGGAACCAGAGGUUCAAUCUAGUUCACGGUUAAGAGGUUUGGUUAGUAUUAGUGAUGUGCCAUAUAAAAGAACUAAAAACAAUUUUGAAAAGUUCACUGAAGUAGAACACAACAUGGAGACUUCUGCUAGUGUUAUACGUUCUCAAAAAGUUAAUCAAACUAUAUAUAAUUCUGAUGAGUUUCCCAAUCUGGAAUUUCAAUUGGAUUGUGAUUUAGAUCCAAUAUAUGAUGAGCUUAUGAAUUCUAAGGUUGCUAAAAGUUCUGUAGAUUAUGAAUCGGUAAAAUCACAAUUUUUAAGUGAGCCAUCAGGUGCAAAGAAAAUAAUUCAUGAGGGUCUAGUCAAACAAGAACCACUAGAAAUUCGUUUUCCCAAUUCUCAAAUUAAUAAAGUAGAUUUUCAUGCAGUAAAGGGUUCAGAGAUUGAAAAUGUAAGGGCAGAAAUAUCAGACUGUUCUCUUACAGAAGUUUCAAAAACAUGUUAUUCAGAAAAGGGAAGACCUUCAAAGACUAACUGCCUGACUAUAAAAGUGAACACACGCAAAAAUCUUAAUAGAAAUAGGUUAUAUUCUCAAAUUUCAGAUUUUGAGAAAGAGAAACUAUCAAGACGUUGUUUACGAACAUAUACCAGAAAAAGAAAGGUUGAACCUCAGAUAUUUGACUCUCAAUCAGAAAUUUUACCUGCCCUUUCAAAAACACACAGUUUAAACAUGUCGGAUCCUUUCCAGUUGCCAUAUACUGAUUUACAAGAUACACUCAAAAUAAAAUUACCUUUUGAGGGAGAGGAAUUAAGUGUCUGUGAUACUGAAGAAGAUAAACCAAUUCAAAGAUGCAACACUGGAUCUCCAGAAAAAGCCCUUAUUCGACAUCCAAGGGUUAGACAGUGUGAAUACUGUGGGAAAGUAUUUUCAUCCAGUAUGUUCAUACAGUUCAAGCGACACCUUAGUGAUCACACCGGAGAUAAACCAUUUCAGUGUACAAAGUGUGGGAAAAAGUAUUGUACUGAAGGAGAUUUGAGAAGGCACAUAAAGAAUGCAACCCAUGACAACCCAUCUCAGAAAAAGCCUUGUAGUACUUGUGGUAAACUCAUUACAAAUGUGAACCAUCACUACAGAAGAGUUCACUUAGACAUCAGAAAUUAUCCUUGCAUCAUAUGUGGGAAAAGGUUUAAAACUGGUACAAAACUUCAAGAUCAUCUCGGAAGUAUACACGAUGGUGAGGCUCAGUAUCAGUGCCACUUCUGUGGUAAACGAUACACCCAAGCUUGUAACUUCCAGUAUCACCUACGAACACAUUCGAAGAAUCAGAAACCCUUUAAAUGUACCGAGUGUGAAAAGACUUUUACAUCAAAGUAUACAUUGAUCAACCAUAUGAAGAUUCAUGCAGAUGGCAUACCCCCUGUAUGUAAUAAGUGUGGUUGGGGUUUUGUCAGUGAACACGAACUAAAUGAACACAGUUGCAAUUCAUCUUUGUUGUUGAUGGACAGAGUUGUAAAAAAGACAGACCUCUGAUGACAUAAACUUGUGUGAGAAGAUUUAAACAAUGUUUUUUUUUGUGUAAAAAGUUAAAAAAGUGAUUAUGAUAUAAUUAUUAUGUGCCAUCAAAACUUGAAAUACUGGAGGAUAACAUGAGUGUAAACAUUUUUUCAAUGUACAGGUUUUUCAAAGAAAGCAAAUGCAAAUAAGUUCACUGGCGAAUUAUUUGUUGAUUAGAAUGGUAAUGAAGGAACUGAAACUGAACACAGUUUUAAGCUCAUUUCAAGUAUUAGUAUAAUGAUGUGAAAAAUUUUCAAAUUUACACUUCACAUAUAUAUUGAGGUUCAAAGAAACCACAAACAUUUAAGAAAUUUUCUUCAGGUGAUAUUCCAUUUGAUAAAGAAAGUUUUAACUAAAAAUAAUACAAGUAAUUAUGUUCUAAUUUACAUUCACUAAGUUGUGGAAUGUUUUCAGAAUGACUCCAACACAAGAUGUUUAUUAGAUAUUUCCAUCUUUUCACUUUUCCACUUCUACAAAUUUUCUAUUUCAUAACGUUCAUUAUAACCAGAUUGAUGCCCUAAGCUAGGGAAAUCUUGUUUUACCUAAAUUAUUUAUGGUCAGAAAUGAAAUUUCCAUUUCUUUCUAUCCUCCACUUUUCUGUAUUUAUUUUGAAGAUGAUAUUUUUACAAUCUUCAAGGAUAUUGAUAGUUUUCUUUCACAUUUAAAUGCGAUCCAUCUCAGUGUUGUGUUUUCUGUUGAAAAUGAAGUUGAUGGAAAUAUUUUUUCAAUUUUUUGAUUGAAAAAAAUGAAAGUGGAUUUUAUACCACUGCUUUUUGUAGAGACAAACAUUGUGAGAUUAUAUUCAUUGGAAUUCUUUCCAUGACCCUAUACAAAAAAUAUGGAUCAUGAAAGUUCUUUUUAAUAUAGCUAAAAUCUCUGCCUGUUCAACAGAGAUAAGUGUGUUAAAAUCACAAUUAACAAAACAAAUAUCCCCUCACAGUUAUAAAUAAAACUUUAUCAUCAUUAGAAAAUUAAUCACAACCUAAAAAUAUAUCCAACCAGUUUUAUUUUACUACGUUAUUACCUUAUAACCCUAGGCUUUCAAAUCAUCCAAAACUGGUUAAAUACAAUUAAAGAAUACAACAUGAAUUUAGAUGUGAAAUCAUCCUUCCUACCAGCAAGAAAAAUAGCUCAAAUUAUAUUGUACAAGUUUGCUGACAAGUGAAUUACAGGAUUUUUGUAUCAAACUACACGUAAAGAUUGUUUAUUCUUGCCAACAAGUGUGUACAAUAUUAAAAGACAUUUGAAAGCCUCUUCCUUUGUGUUUGAGCACGUGGCUUAAAAUAAUCAUUUUUUUGGGGGGGAUAUUAAAAUCAUUGACAUAGAAAAUAAUAUAAAUGAAAGAAAAAUCAAAGGAGCUCUCUUUAUUAAAAAAACAAACUUAGCAUUAACCAGUAUUCAGGUGUACAAUUAUUUUAAUUUUUCCUUAUUUAACAAUUGUGUUUGACUUGCUUUUAUUUUGUUGCUUAGCAAUGUAGUAUUGCUGUUGUGCUGAAACAUAUAACAAAUAUGUACAUUCACCUGACAAUGUUAAGUAACCCUAGCAAAACUUAGCUUUAAAAAAACAGUUUUAAGAACAUAAUAAUUUGUUUUAUCCAUAAAUAAAACUUUAAUUGUUAUAUUACAAGUUAUUUCUUUAAUUCAAUAUGUUUGAUGAAGAGUUUUUGAAAGUUUGUGUUUUCAAAUAAACCUUUAUUAUAAGUAAAGUAUUUUUACUUUUUCUUUACUAUGAUUAUUUUGCCCAUCUUCAUGUGAUUGUUUAUAUGCUUUUGACGAUACAUUUAACUAAGAUAGUUACUUCUGUAUCUUGUUAGAUAUUUCAUUUUGCAGCAAAACUGGACACCUCUGGUCAAUCCACAUGUGCUUGCUUACAGGAUUAACUUGUAUUAAAAGGUCAUAUUUCAUGAUUUGUGUGCAUAAGCUAUCAACUAGUAAUAUUUUUCUAUCUUUAAUUCUAGUUACCCUUGUCAUACUAUCAACUGACAGUUUUAAGAGUAGGAUUUUUUGUGUAAGUUUUAUUCAUUGUAAGUUCAUAGUAUCUAUUCUGUUUUCUAUUAUUUUUGUAGCACUUGCAUUCUAAACUAUUCCCCCCCUCUCUUAUUGCCCUAAUUUGCUUGGAAAGUAAUAAAUUAUCUAUUUUAAGUGAAAAAGCUAUGCAAAGGGCUGUCUGCACUGUUGCUAUUAAACCUCUUACCUUCAGCAUUAUAAGCCCUUAAGCUCACUUAUGAGCACCAGGGGGCUACAAUCAGAUAUGCACAUUGAAUUAUGCCCUAUGAAAAAAAAUAGGUGCGUUUCUUGUCACGUAUCUAUUUUACAGUAACUAGUUUAACCCUGAUGAAGAAAGACCUACAUUUUGAAAGUGCUUGGGUUAUAGGGUUUCUUAUUUUUGUCUUUAAUUGAUUUUUUGAACCUAUGUGUUUUCGUAAUAAAUACGUAAAAAGUAAUCUGAAGACCAGUAAAUUUACAACACAGAUGAGAUUUUUAUAUUAAAAUAUUUCACUAUCUUAUUAUCAAAUAUAUUUAAAUAUAUGUUAUGUUAAAAAAAAUACUGGUGAACGUGGACUCAUUUCUAACAUAUUUGAAGAAAACCAUCUUCAAAUACAGAAACAGGUUAAAUGUAAUAAAUCUGAACAUAGUAAUUAAUAGUAAUUUCAAAACACGUUUCUCUUUUUUCUAAACUUCUAGAAUGUUUAUGGUAACUUUUAUAAGCUCCUUUAUUAUGAUCUGUUUAUCUUGUUUGUAAAUAUUUUCCACACACACACAUGUACAUAUAUAUAUAUAUGUAUGUAUGUAAACUUGAAUUAGGAUUAAGUAUUUGCCAAGAGAAGUUGGUGUGUUGCUUAUCAGAUUGCAAACCAAAUAGUGUUCCCAGAAAAAAAUAUAAGAGGUUUCAAAUAAAUUUAGCAGUGAUAAUUAGAGUUAUGUGAAU